AUGAAUAAACUCAAGACUACGUUUCUACGCACACACAGUACCCGCCCAUCCGAUGAGAGACGAUCGCUACAGUUUGCAAGAAAACUGAAUGCUGCGCAACUGACAGCCUUUGAUGACCCGAACAGCCCCAAUGCUAUACCAUCUUUGCGACCCGAUGAAUUGUGUGAGAUGGAACGUAUUGCUUAUCAGACGUGGUGGAAGGACUUGGACCCUUUUUCAAUUGGCCAUCUUGACAAUGAAGCCAUGCUAAAGUUUGUGCGAGGUUGCUGUCUUCCAGAAGUCAAGUUGGAACAGAUUCUUUUACUUUUCCAAGAUGGCAAGACGAAUGGAUUGGAUGAGCAUCAGUUCUAUGCUAUGUUACGGCUAAUUGCACAUGCCCAAAAUGGCAGGACGAUAAGUCGUGAUAUGGUCUAUUUGGGAGCUCCAGUGCCCAAAUUCCAAACAAACGCGAUCGAUGCUCUUAUCAAACCAGCGGCUGCAACAACAACAACAACAACACCCAAAGUAUCAUCAUCAUCCACAUGUGGUACAACAACAGGCUCUGCUCCUUCUUGGCAGUCGGGAACAACAACAACACGCAAUUCUUGGAUCCAGCCCAGCCCAUCAUCCAACACCAACACUGUUGCUAGGCAACAACAACAACAACAACAACGCCCCACAUCAUGGUAUGUUGGUCAACAACCCUUACCAAUGUAUGAUCCUGCGCCAUCUGCACCGUUUUUGUCGCCACCACCACCACCACAGCAAACAACUACUACUACCACUAACACUACUACAACAUCCAACGAUCGAUCUCCAUUCAACCAAGAUAAUAAACAGUAUGCAGCAGCAGGAUUGAAUAGCUGGUCUCAGCAACUACCACCUUCUCAACAACCCAUGUCACAUUCAAGCACGACGACUAUCAGUGGCAAAAGCACCAACAAUGAGCAAAAACAUCAGUAUACCCAUUCACGUUCACGUUCAGUGCCUUAUUCGGUACCUCAGCCCGCCACUGCUCAAUCAAUGACACAACAAACGCCAUCAACAAGCGUGUUUAAGUUCGAUACGGUAGCUGCAACUCCCUCCAAACAACAACAACAGCAACGCCCUGCACCACUUACAUCACGUGUUUCCAUGGAUGCUGAUUCAUUUCAACGUUUAUCAUCAGCUAUUGACACUGGUCAAUCCUUGUUGUUGACAAAAAAGUUUGUUCCACCCAAGGCAUCCAACAAUCCGUUUGAGAGUGCUAUCGAUGAAUCCCCCAAGCAUGAGUCAUCCUCAGCUGCUGCUGCCAAGUACAGCCCAUUUGCAGAUGAUUUGGAUAACCAAUCAACCCCUCGAGCCUCCAUGUCGUCUUCUUAUCAUCAUCAACCACCACCAGCACAAGAAAAUCAGCAACAGCAGCAAGAGGAGAAGGCAAGUGCACCACCUUGGCCUAGCAUCAAUCGACAUCCAAACAAACAAAACAUAUACCCGCCUCCAGUCCCGUCUCAAGCGACAAAACCAGCAUUCCCCAAGUAUGCUCGCAAUAUUCAACCUUCUUUAGCACUGAGACGGACGCAAAGUUAUCGAUCCUCCGACGCUGCUACUGCUACUGCUGCUGCAACAUUGGAUCCCUUCAAUGUGGCCGAUCCACAAUCGACACCCACCCUCAUCCAUCAUCAUCAUCAUCAUACAACUACUAAUACUACAUCUAAUACUCCACCUAUCGCAUUCUCACAUGGCAACAAGCUCUUUCGACAUAGAUCGUAUGGUUCAGCAUUAAUGCGACGAUAG